AUUUGGCGUCAAUUUUAAAUUAUAUUAGCAAAUUUGAAUCGAAUACAUUUUAUCAAUAAAAAAUUAACACAAAAUGAAUUAUAAAGAAUAUAUCCAAAACUUGCGUAAAUUGACUAUGAGCGACGCGUGUCUUCUAUUGAAUGGUGAUAUAAUACCAAAUCUAAAGCAGUAUGUAAGUUUACUUGACAAUAUAAAAUUUGAAGACGGAUCAUAUCAUGCUUUUUAUGGAGAAGUAAAGAAAAUCAUCACUAGCUUCCUGUAUUAUUAUACAGUGACAAUGGACGAUAUGAUUAUAAAGGCUGACAAAUAUUCGCACGAUACAAAUAAAAAUGAUCUCCUGAGUUUGGCAAAGCAGACUAUAAAUAUACACGAAUGUGAUCAAAUAUCAUUCGGUAAAGACUUUUUGCCGGUUCAAUCGCCAAUCGAAAAACAAACUUAUGAUGAAAUACAAGAAAAAUAUAAUGUAUUCAUGAAUGAUAUUUUCUUACUGAGAGAUGUAAUAGAAAAACUUGAUAAAAAAGAGAAAGUCGAUAAUUUCGCCUUGGAACAUUUUAAAAUUUCUGUAGUAAUGACUAGUAAUGUUUUCAAAUAUACUCAUGAUUAUAUUUUAAUGAUGUUAGGAAACCGACUUCCGGAAAUUCAAGUGAGCCUGGAGGAGAUAUUGCUACGGAUGCGGAACAACCAGCGCAGCAUAGAGAGUGCAAGCAGCGACAACGUGAACAAAUUGCUGAACCAGCUGUACGACAGGAAUAAGGAACAUCUGAUGCUGAGUCGACAGUUCAAGAUGUGCUCGGUGGAGUACGCUGAAGUUAGUCGAGCUAUUGAAGUGAUACGUGAAAAGAUUGAAAACUCUAAAUAUGAUAUACCACUGUCAAGAUUGAGUGAAGAGGUAGCCUACUGGGAGGAGAGAUUGAGAGAGUUCCAUCAAAUUGUAGAUGGAUUAAGGAAGCUGAAGACUGAGCAGACAGUACUAACGAAGCAGGAGCAAAUUUAUCAAUCUAUGCAAACUACAGAAUUGCCUGGUUCAAAAUAUCAAUGUUGGAUAAACAUGAGCGAAAAUUUGAAGCAAAGAAAAGAAGAAGUGAAUCGAGCAAUAAAUGAAGCAGCCAAGGCACUAAUAACUUUCUUUUGUGUUAGAGGCAGCGACCGCAUUUUCUACACCGACGACGUGGGGCCUUAUUAUUUGGACGAAUACAACCAUCAAGUUUACUUCUUCGACUCCGGCAUGGGCGUCUAUCAUUUUAAUUGCUAUGGCGAAUUUAAAGAAACAUACGACAAAGAGAAGUACUACUUCGACGAAAACGGUCGUUACGUGAAAAAUGAGAACGAAGAGAAGGUGUACCGUUGUGCUCCUUGUACCAGUAGCUACAACCUGGCCAAAGAUGGACUACUGAUUAAAGUUACCAAAGACUGUGGCCAUUCUGAAGCAAUCAACAGGAAGUGCAAGCUGACGAUAAAAAAUCCUACUGAUAUUGAAAUAUUGCCAACGUCUGAUGAAAUGGAUAUUAAAGGAAAAUUGGACCCGGAAACGGUGAAAUACCUGUGGGACAGUUUCGGCCACUUGCUCCCCGAUGCAUUGCACGAUGUCGGCCGUGACCACAUCAAGAAUCCCAUACAGCACCUCGCUCACAAGCUGCUCUUUCACAAAUACAACCAAACACAUAACGAACUACGCGAGAAAAAGAAGGAAGCCGAGUUGUACCGCACAAACAUUUACCAAGAACGGAAAGAUAAAGCGGUAAUAGCUAGCAAGUCUUGGAAGGCGAAACAGGUGAAGCGACGCAAGCCGGAGGAAUCUGAUGAUGCUCUGAAUCGGUCCAUCUUCGAGGCUCAGGUGGCUGCUCAGGACUUUGUCAAUAACCUCAAUUAUUUCAACGACUAAAAAAGUACAGU